UGCCUCUAUUGCCAGGUACUGUAUAUUCGUGCUACGUGGGCUGUCAAAAGGUUGACACCCCGCUUUGAUAGGCCUAUUAUUUAUCUUUUACUCCUCAGCUACUGGGCCCGCAUUGCGAGCUUUUGAUUUAAAGGGACCAGCCUACAAGCCGAAACUCAUCGACAUCGCACCCCACAGGAGCUACCGGAGAGGACGGUAGCAUGAUAGUCGAGGAGGGGAAUCGGCAGGAAGAGGGCCCGUAUCUGCAUUUCACUUCUCCGGCUACACCGAGUUCAUUGAGUCGGUAACCAGCAGCGAAACCGACAUGGGGAAGGAGGUAAACGGGGUUUCGCGGAGCCGGUUUGAGAUGUUCACAAACAGUGAUGAGGCGGUCAUCAAUAAGAAGCUGCCUAAGGAGCUGUUGCUACGAAUCUUCUCCUUUCUGGAUGUGGUGACACUCUGUCGCUGUGCCCAGGUCUCACGGUCCUGGAAUGUUCUGGCCUUGGAUGGCAGCAACUGGCAACGAAUCGACCUCUUUGACUUUCAGAGGGACAUUGAGGGCCGGGUGGUGGAGAACAUCUCAAAGCGAUGUGGGGGGUUCCUUAGGAAGCUGAGCCUGCGGGGUUGCUUGGGCGUGGGUGACAGCGCCUUGAGGACUUUCUCUCAGAACUGCAGGAACAUCGAGCUGCUUAGUCUGAACGGCUGCACCAAGAUCACUGACAGCACGUGUAAUAGCCUCAGUAAGUUCUGUCCGAAGCUGAAGCACCUGGACCUCGCCUCCUGUACCUCAAUCACCAACCUGUCGCUCAAAGCUCUCAGUGAGGGUUGUCCCCUGCUGGAGCAGCUCAACAUUUCCUGGUGUGAUCAGGUCACUAAGGACGGCAUCCAGGCCCUGGUGCGUUGCUGUCCUGGACUCAAAGGCCUUUUCCUCAAAGGAUGCACACAGCUAGAGGACGAGGCUCUGAAGCAUAUCGGGGCUCACUGUCCAGAGCUCGUCACACUCAACUUGCAGACAUGCUCACAGAUCACAGAUGAGGGCCUCAUCACAAUAUGUCGGGGUUGUCACCGCCUGCAGUCUCUGUGUGUGUCGGGUUGUGCCAAUAUCACAGACGCCAUCCUGCACGCCCUGGGACAGAACUGCCCUCGCCUCAGAAUAUUAGAAGUGGCUCGCUGCUCUCAGCUUACAGAUGUGGGCUUCACUACAUUAGCAAGGAAUUGUCAUGAGCUUGAGAAGAUGGAUUUAGAAGAAUGUGUGCAGAUCACAGAUGGAACGCUCAUCCAGCUGUCUAUCCACUGCCCUCGUUUGCAAGUCCUGAGUCUGUCUCACUGUGAGCUGAUCACCGAUGACGGCAUCAGGCACCUCGGCAGCGGCCCGUGUGCUCACGAUCGUCUGGAGGUGAUCGAGCUGGACAACUGCCCCCUGAUCACAGACGCCUCGCUGGAGCACCUGAAGAGCUGCCACAGUCUGGAUCGCAUCGAGCUCUAUGACUGCCAGCAGAUCACCCGCGCCGGCAUCAAGAGACUAAGGACCCACCUGCCUAACAUCAAAGUGCACGCGUACUUCGCUCCCGUCACUCCGCCGCCCUCCGUCGGGGGCAGCCGUCAGAGGUUUUGCCGCUGCUGCGUUCUGCUAUGAUGUAAAGACAACAACCCCCUCUUUCCUCGCCCCGUGGCCCUCGUACACGCUCCCCGCAGCCCGUCACUUGACCCCUGACCUGCUGUCCACCUCCCGGCGCCCUGUCAUAGAGUACAUGCUGGUGUGUCCCUCCCCUCCCCCCCACCCUUUGGAGCUGCAGAGAGAGGGAGAGAGCCAAAACACGCUACAGCGUCUGGGGGAACUUUCCCAAAAAACAUUCCCGAAUCUCUCCACCACACACACACACACAGUACACAUACACACCAGGCUUUCUGACACACGUAUAUACACAGAUUAACUCAUUCCUGGUCUGUGUUCAGUGGACAAACCAGUAUUACAAAUAGGGUUAUGUAAAAAUCAAAUGUGGUCACCACUGUUAAGGGAUUUAACUCUUCAUCAAAUGAAGAAUUACAUAAAAAACAUUGUUCCGUAUUUGAGGGGGAGUGAUACUCUUCACUUAUUCAGCACUUUGAGACAGAUUACAGUCAUUUCCUCUAAACAGAAUAUUCAAUAACCUCUCACACAUACUUCCCUCUGUGUUGAAGGUCACUUGACAGCUACCUCUAGACAGGAACUGCACUUGAGUGAGACCUGUGUUAGCUUCGUUCUGCAGGCUGUUUAUUUAAAAAAAAAAAAAAGGGGAGGCAGCAAUGCAGCCAGUAAACUGCCGACACCUCCGACACACACAGAAAGCAGCAUAUUUUGUGAUUUUAAAAAAAAAGAAAGAAAAGAAAAGCAUACUUGCAGCUAUUUGCACCUAAAGCAAUGAUGAGACACUUUACAAAGACGACCAUCUCAGAAUUUAAGACUAGCAUUUUACUAACUACACACAAAUCAUGCACACACUGAGCUUGCUGCACCUGUACCCUCACCUCUCUCUGUCUCUCUGUUACAAUCAGAAGCUUCAAUAUACUGAAGAGAAAAAAUAUUUUUCUAAAAAAUGGACACCAAUUAAGACUCACAAGUGGGGACUUGAGAAGAUGCCAAAUGUUGCAUGUAACACCUCUAGUUUUUUAAAAUCUAAUUGUAAAUAUACGAGGACUGUGGAGUCCGAGAGUCGAAGCCAGCGAAACGACAGAUGAUGAUAUGAGACGGGGCAGAGGUUUCUGUCCACGAGGUCUUUCUGAGGGAACUAUGGCGAAGCUCACACAUCUGAGAAUAUGUGCUGGAGCUUUGGACAGUCAAACUGAGCCAGCACGAAGAACUGUGAAAAGCUCACAACAGAAAAAGUUAUAAAGACGCUCUUUUGACAGAAGAAAAAAAAGGUCUGACAUCACUACACAAAUUCAUGCCGUCAGACCAGAACAAUGGAAAGAAAAAGCCAACUGAAAACAAUCAAAAGUACGUCUAUUUUCAGUUAGUUUGAUUUCAUUUAGUUGCUCUUGUUUUCGCAUCAGUGGCCGGUUCUGGUGAACCACGCGCAGCGGUGAGAGGACGACAUCGGCGACUCCUCAACACCCAUGAGACCUUGCAGGGGACGGAGCGUGUUACACCUGUGAGCUCCUCCGUCUGUCUGGGACCGGCGGCGCUGCAGGAGGAGUGGACCGGAUCAGACCGGUGGAGUCACUGCAAGAGGAACUGAAUCUUGAGCGCACAAUUCUGGCCUGGUGACAGAUAUGACGGAACGAUUUUUGUCACAACGGAGGGCUAUAACGAACUUCGGCCCCCCGCCGCCCUAUGAAGUAUUGAAGCCUUUUCUUAUGGAUUACCUUCUCCUGCACUUGCACCUGUUUUAUUCUGUGUCUCUUUUUCUUCCCAUUUUCCUUUUUAUAAAUGUGUCUUUCUUUCUGAUUUUCCUCUGGAUCUCUUUUUUUUUUCUCUUCUUUUGCAUUUCUGUUUUGGUGUGGUUUGGAUUGCGCCUGCUUUUGUGUUUUGAAGUCAUGAGUUCAGUGUCUCCAAGUUGAGUUUGAGCCCCUCUUCCAGUCCUCAGUUUUGAUCUGAUGGUGUUUGUGUUUUCAUUAAGAGUUUAUUGUUACUAAAUGUCCAGAGUGUAGCCUUUGUCCGGGGGAAGUGUUGGCGCCAGUGCAAUUGUAAUAAAUGUUGAGUUUUUUUUUUAAUGUGAGUUGAGGAGGAGUUCAUGUAUGUUUGAUGUAGGUUCUACUUAUUGAAUGUUUCCAUCAAGGAGAAGUCCUCGGGAUGGCUGUUCAGGCAUCGUGUGCCGCUUUAGCAGAUUUUUCUCCCAUAUGCGUGCUUUCCUCUUCUUAAUUUGUAUGCCUUGCUUUUCCCUCCCAUAAUGCACCCUGCCCAAAUGCACCAAGCAAGACCUAAAUUGGUGAACCCAGUGUGGAAUGUUGAUCACUCUCAAAUGUCCUCGUUGUGGUUUUAAGAUGCACGCCAGCAGGCGAAACGCUGAAUGAUGAUUCUGUUCAGUUUGAGAUUUGACGGCUACGACAAGAAGGAUAAUACAAACUGAGAUGAAUCCGGUGUAAUCCAGUUGGAUCGGUAUUGUUUGAAUGGGGGUUUACGGGGGAUUAGGGAACAACUAAGAGUCAAAAUGGCGGAAAUGUACUCUGUCGCCGUGCUCCGGGGGGUUAAGACGGUUAACUGGAGGAACUGGAGGAUUUAGACUAUGAGUCUGGUUGUAACAUCUGCUUGCCCUCAUCAUGCACUGUAUGUGGCACGAGCUGAGUCAUGAGUGCUUUAAGGCAAACGCUUUGAAUGGAUUACAGGUAGCGAUACUCCACCCUCUCCCUGAUGGUUUUAUAUGUACAAAAUAAACAACAUAUCAUCAGUCUUUUCAUGGUACAAAAUACACUACAAAGCAAAACACCAGACUUCUUUUUCCUCACCGUAUCAAACCCCUCUCUGUCAGACCUUCCACCUGUUUACGCGUCUGUUUCAUGUCCCAAACACUGGAGUAAGGUCGAGGAUUAUUAGGACGGAGGGCAGGAGAUGAAUCUACAGUGUGUGUUCAUGGUAGAUCGACACCUGAGAAAUUUCAAAAACAAUUGACAAUGACUGUAGUUCAUAUAAUUACUGUAAAUCUUUUCCUUUUUUUUUUUUUCUUUCUUUUUUUUUUUUUUUUUUUAUAAUUAACCGAUAUAAAUGAAUAUGUACGUAUGAAUAAAUAUA